GUGUAGAGAAGAGAGAGAGGGACUCUGCAGACACUCACACAUUUACACAGUCACACGCACACACACAAACACACUAAGCUUUUCUCACCAGCCCUGUUGUGCCUUUACUAACGGGACAAGUUUAAACCUCCAGGAUAUCACUACCGGUUCUCCGCUUUUCUCUCCCCUCCAUGUGAACAUCUCGACCCGGACUGGACGUUUACUGCUGCUAAAAGCAUGACGAUGACGAUGAUGGGAGGAGGACACGGCCGAAGGUGCAGCCCUCGCUAGAAUCAUACUUUCUCUCCCGACUUCAUCCCUCCACCAUCAUCCACUACUGCCCCCCCCCGGCAUCAUGGCCAACCACCUGGAGCUGAUCCAGGAGUUGCAGCAGCUGGACAAGGUGCCCAGUCUGGAGAGGCUGCGGGCGGCACAGAAGCGGCGUACCCAGCAGCUGAAGAGAUGGGCUGUGUACGAGAAGGAGAUGCAAAACAAGAAGCGAAAGGCUGACAAGAAGCGACCCAAUGCCAAUAACCUCCAGCAGGAGUCCAAGAGGCAUGUGUCGUUUGCCGCCAGCGUGGCACUUCUGGAGGCAUCGGCCAGGAAUGAUCCAGAUGAAGUUCGUUACCUGCUGAAGAAUAAUGUGAGUCCAGACCUCUGCAAUGAAGACGGUCUCACCGCCCUGCAUCAGUGUUGUAUAGAUAACUAUGAGGAGAUGGUGAAGAUCCUGCUGGACCGAGGAGCCAGCGUCAACGCUCAGGACAACGAGCUGUGGACGCCGCUGCACGCUGCUGCUACAUGUGGCCACGCAGGACUGGUCAAGAUACUCAUAGCACACGGUGCAGAUUUGCUGGCGGUCAACUCUGAUGGGAACAUGCCCUACGACCUGUGUGAAGACGACCCAACACUGGACAUCAUUGAGACGGCUAUGGCCAAUAGAGGCAUCACCCAGGAGAUGAUCAACGAGACACGAGCAUCAACAGAGAGGAGGAUGCUGGGAGACAUUCAGGAACUGCUGAGACAGGGAGAGGAGGUCAACCAACAAGACUCUCAGGGAGCCACUCUGCUCCACAUCACAGCAGCAAAUGGCUACGUGCAGGCUGCAGAGCUGCUGCUGGAGGGGGGAGCUCGCAUGGAUCUGAGAGAUUCAGAUGGAUGGCAGCCUCUUCAUGCUGCAGCGUGCUGGGGUCAGAUGCAUGUGGCAGAGCUGUUGGUGUCUCAUGGAGCCAGUCUCAAUGCCAAGACCUUUCUAGAGGAGACCCCCAUCGAUCUAUGUGAGGAUGAGGAGUUCAGAGCCAUCCUGCUGGACCUGAAACACAAACACGACAUUAUCAUGAAGUCACAGCUCAAACACAAGACCUCACUGUGUAGGCGAACGUCCAGUGCAGGCAGUCGUGGGAAAGUGGUGCGGCGAGCCAGCCUGUCCGACAGACACAACUUGUGCCGCAAAGAGUACGAGACAGAGGCCAUCGUGUGGAGAGGAGGGAGGGAGGAGGCGGAUGAAAAAGAGAAGGAGUCUGAUCAGGAGAAUAACCAGGUGGUUAACGUCAAGCCAGUCGUAGCUGUUGAGCUGCCAGACAAGCCUAAGCUGCCCACCAUCCUCAAAGAUGGCAACAACAAACAGAACGGCCUCAUCUCCACGACAAUGUCCAUGCCGCCGCAACAGCCCUCCAAUGGCAACACGCCAUCGUCUGAUAAGGGCGCGGUUAUCACCACCCAGCCCACCCAGGAGGAAGCCUGGCCACGAGAGCGAGCUCAGACACUGUCUGAGCUCAAGAAACAGAGGGCUGCCGCCAAAUUGUUGAAUCACCCCUUGUUCAAUGGUCACCUAGGUAACGGCUCCACAGACUCCUUCACUGAUGCCAAAACCAACUCCGAGGACCCCCGCAUGCCGCUAGUCUCGUCCAAUGGCAGCGCGGUUUACUACACACCAGCCAGCGGCGACCCGCCCCUACUCAAACUGAAACAGCCAAUAGAGGAAGAGCAGCCGAAGGCGCAGACCUGCUGCUGCGUGUCAUAGCGCCCUGGUCAUGUGACUGUUGACGGAACAGGAAGUGUUUGCAGAGAGGAGGGAAGCGAGGAAUGUGCUGUAGGAGGGAGGAGAGGAAGGAAGGAAAGAGGGAGCGUUCCUGUCUUUUAACGUCCUUUUCCUCCCCUCCUUUAAACUUCUCCCAGAGAAGAUGGUUGGCCUGAAGAAGGUUUAGAAACUUAUCCUUGUACCUCCCUGCCAUGUAACUUCUGCUAUAAUUGGAGACACCUUCCCCAAAUGCAGGCAUGUUUCAAGUGUAACAAGAGGAAAAGAAAUGAGCAGUGCCACUUUUUUCCUCUAGAUGCCACUUGGAUUAAAAUUCCUUUUUAAAUGUCUCUAUACAAGACAUGCCAAAGGGAUAGAAAGAGGGCAAGAAGCUGUUACUCUGGCCCUGCGCAGUUUUUUUUUUUUUAAGCUUUUCACCUGGAAAGGGUCAAAAAUUUUGAAUUUCAAGGUACAAGGUGCAUGUUCUGCCCUCAAAGAUGAAGAUGGAAAAGAGUUUGUUUGUUUUUUACCCUGCACAUGGAUAGUUAUCAUGUAAUUAAACAACAUUUUCUUCAGGAUGAACUCAGAUUGUUGUCAAACCACAUGUUGUCAUAUUCUUGUCAUUUUUAAAUGCGCAGGAAGGCCAUCACAGAACGUAUCAGAAACAGCCAAACGUAGCAGAAAGAGAUCUGUGACAUCUCUUUUGAAGUAUCAGCUUAAAAUGCUGCCUGCAUAAGUAAAGGGAAGGAAUGCCACAAAACAGUGUUAAAAUAUUCAGAAAGUGUACUUCUACAGCGAGAGAUAACAGGAAAGAGUAUAGUGCGCUAGUGUUUGAGACUGACGUUAUAUUCUGUCAACUAUACUUCACCUCACCGUCCUUUCAUAUCAAACCUGAACUGACAGGUCAUGCUCUGUUUUAUGCAUAAUCCACUUUGUGCUCUCUUGUUUAGAUAAUUUAAGCAAACAUGUUGAAAAUUACUGUACAUUUAUUUAUGAAAUUAAUGUAAUGUGUAAAAAAAAAAAAAACAGAAAAAAAACCAUUAUGGUUCCUAAAGUUGAGUGUAUUUAUUAUUUGGAUGGUGUGUGGCGAGUGUGAAUGCAAUAUAGGAUGAGCUGGAGAGUCUUCCAGCAAAGCACCUUCUGACAUGGAAAAUCAAACGUUCAACUGAUAAAGUGAGGGUUACUGUCUGCUAUAUGUACAUGUUAUUAAAAUCACACACACAAGCCAUCCUAUUGGGAUGGAUUUCAUAUGUGUCACUACAAAUAACAGUGUUAUUUGUUUAUCGAGUUUAUUUGUUUUUUUUUCUGGUGGCCAUUGUGUGGCUUUAUCUUCUCCCAGUCCACUGUAUUUGUCUCAUUAACAGAAACUGUAAAUGUUAUGUAAUGGAUUACUGUAAUUAUGAGUUUUCUGACGAUACACAUGGACUCUAUGCUUGCCUCAGUUUUUUUUUUUUUGUUUGUUUGUUUUUGAAAACAUUAAUCCACACAUGGAUUUGGCAUGGAGCGAGCCCACACCAGUAUGUCAGGUGUCCUUUAAUGCAUCAUGGGUGCAAUGCAAAAUAUAAACUUUCCACCCCAAAAAACAAGUAGUAGAAAUAGUUUCUCUGCUUAAUUAAAAAGGAAUAGUUUGACAUUUUGGGAAAUACGCUUAUUCGCUUUCUUGCAGAGAUAUAUAUAUGUAUAUAUCAAGAUCAAUAGCACUCGUGUGCUUAAUAUGUAGCUGGAGCCAGCAGCUGGUUAGCUUAGCUUAACAAAGACCGCAAAAAGGGGGAAAUAGUCUGAUGCUGGUAUGCUGGUUUGUUUGCUUUGGACAGAGCCAGGCUAGCUAUUUCUGGCUGGGUACUUCGGUACAGAAACUUCCAGGAGUCUCAGCUGGUUGCCUGGUAACCAGUCUGGCACAUACCCCGCCGUAAAACUACAGGGUUUGGUUUUUGUACAUAUUAAACAACCAAGAUAUAACAUGUGAAUAGAGGGCAGAUGACUAGUAACUGUUAUGAACUAACAACAUUAACAAUGGUUUUGUACCAUUAAGUGUCCCUGGAAGACUCUCCAGUGAGCCAGCAUGUACAAUACCAAACCUUGACCUGACUUGGUUCACCUAAAUGGAAUACAAACAUUCAUUAAAUGUUAUUAAUUACACCUGUGAUUUGCCUGGUCAAAUGUCAGCUGUGAAAAGUGAGCUUUACAGGUGCCGUUAGGAGAAACAGCUAGCCUGCUAGGUAAAAAGAAAAAAAAAAUCCACCCGUUUCCAGUUUUUGUGCUAAGCUAACCGGCUGCUGGCUCCAGCUUCAUAUUUAACUGACAGAUACGAGAGUGGUAUCAAUCGCCUCAUCUAACUCCCAGCAAGAAACCAAAAAAGUAUAUUUCCCAAAACGUUGAACUACUCUGUUUAACAGCUCCUCUAAUCUCCUUGUGAGUGCCAAAGAGUCUUUCAUGAUUUAAAAAAAUGACUUAAGGACAUUUGAAAACUUUGGGGGAAGGCUUUCUUUGCUGUUACAGAGAUCUGUUUGUUUCUGAUGACCAACCCCUUUUAAACAUGUGAAUACCCACAAUGCCACUACUGCUUUAUCCCCACAUCUACUGUACAGUGUCAAAUAUUUGUACAAAUGCGUUUGUAAAUAUGUUUGUAUUAGUAUCCCCUUAUCUGUUCCCAUGAACUGCAUAUACAUGUCUGUGUUGUUACUGUUGAGGAACUUAUAGGAAAAUACAAUUACCCACAUUGAUAAACAGUGUUAGCAGACAUUUGGUUGUCGAAGGGGAAACUGCGAGUCUAUGUAGACCCCUUUAGUAGUCCAGCAGUCUAAAAUCUUUCUGUAAAGUCAAGUGCACCCAGGUGUCAUCGUCAUACGUCUUCCUGCUGUUGCAGUGACCAGCGUCUGCAGUUGAUUUUUUUUCUGUCCAAUUUCCUGCAGAGGGCAGUUUUUAAAAUGUUGCUCUCUCGUGGGAAGCAGUUUGGUUUUCAACUCCAUUUGAGGAAGUACAAAUUAAGUCACAGUCAAAGAGAUUGCUGUAUCCCCUAUUUUUGGUUCCUUCUGUUAUUUUAAGAAAUGUCCGAGGCAGUGACGACAACUUGUUAUGAUUCAUCUAAAAUUCAUUGAAGUUACUCCAGCUCACGUCUGUCCAGGCUGCUGCAAUCAAUUCAAUUUAAAUUUCAGUUCUGCCUCCUUAUUAAUGAAUUCCAAAUCACACUGAAUUGUAACUUUGAACUGCAACCUGGUCAGUACCUGUUGAAAAGUACGCUGUGUUCUCAUGGUAUAUAGAAAUCAAAGCUUGUGUUUGUCUACAAGCCUGGUUGUCUAUAAGGAUAAGAUUAUAAAGACGAAAAACUACUGAUUUUGUAAUUACUGGAAUAUAUUGAUGGUUGCAUUAACAUAUUUUGAAUAAAUUGUAUAUUUUGAGAAUUUUA